UCCUCGCGCUGCCGGAGCCGCCUCAGUGCGGGCGGCGCGGGCGGACCCGCUGGAUCAUGGCUGAGCAGCGGCAGGAUAAGGGGGCGCUGAUAAGCGAGACCCGGCGGCGUUUCGAGGCGGAGUACCUGCCAGAUAAAUCAGAUAAAUAUGAUUCUAGAGAUGUGGAGAGACUUCAGCAAGAUGAUAAAUGGGUUGAAAACUACUUGAUUUGGCGUCAUGAUGUUGUGGAUGAUACGUUAAAGAUGAUUGAUGAAAGCUUUCAGUGGAGGAAGGAAUACACAGUUAAUGACUUAUCAGAAUCUGUCCUUCCAAAAUGGUUAUUUGAAAUUGGUGCUCUCUUUCUGCAUGGAUAUGAUAAAGAGGGCUAUAAGUUAUUUUGGUUCAAAGUGAAGCAUCAUACAAGAGAUCCUAAACAGCAACUUGACAAAAAGAAACUGGUGGCUUUUUGGUUAGAACAUUAUGCCAAGAGAGAUCAUGGAAAGCCCUUGACAGUGGUAUUUGAUAUGGCUGAAACUGGAAUCAGUCACAUAGACUUGGAUUUUGUCAGGUUUAUUGUCAACUGUUUUACAGAUUAUUACCCAAACUUCCUCACAAAGAUAGUAAUAUUUGAAAUGCCAUGGAUAAUGAAUGCUGCUUUUAAAAUCGUGAAGGGUUGGCUUGGCCCAGAUGCAAUAAGCAUGUUAAAGUUCACAAACAAGAAUGAUGUGCAGGAAUACAUCAGUGCAGAGUAUCUGCCACCUCACAUGGGUGGAACUGAUUCUUUCAAGUACAGUUAUCCUCCUUUGGUUGAUGAUGAUUUUCAAACUCCUUUAUGUGAAAAUGGGCCCAUUACAAGUGAAGAUGAGCAUGAAAGUAAAGAAGAGAUAGAUGCAGACACCAAGGAGACUGGGGAGCUGAAUGAAGCACAAAACCUUAAUCAGAAAAAGAUGAAUUCUAUAGAACAAAUUUCCAAAUCAGAGGAAACUGACAAAACAGAGGUCAAACCAAAAAAUGCAAAGAAAGCAUUAACCACUUUUAAAGGACCUUUAUUACAUAUCAGCCCAGCAGAAGAGCUGUAUUUUGGAUCCAAAGAAACUGGAGAGAAAAAAUGUUUGAUAGUUCUCACAAACGUCACUAAAAAUGUAGUGGCUUUUAAAGUGAGAACAACUGCACCAGAAAAAUACAGGGUUAAACCCAGUAACAGCAGCUGUGAACCUGGCACCUCAUUAGAUAUAAUAGUUUCUCUUCAUGGUGGUUUUGCAGCUUCUUUGCAGGAUCGUUUCCUUAUAAUGGCAGCAGAAAUGGACCAGUCCUCUGGAGCAGGUGUGCCAGAACUGACUCAGUUUUGGAAAGAAGUCCCUAGGACCAAAGUGAUGGAACAUAGGCUCAGGUGUCACGUCAUAGAAAGUAGUAAGCCCUCUUCUCUGACAUUAAAAGACAAUGCAUUUAAUAUUCCAGCAAAAACUAAUGAAGAUUUACAUAUACAGCUAACUCAUUUACUGCAGAUUAAUAAAAGACUUGAGGAGCAGAUGAAUCGCUGCCUCUGGUUCCAGCAGCUGUCAGUUGUUUUAUCACUGCUAUCUGUUACUGUUGCUGCCUUCUGUUUCUACCUGGCCUAUGCCCAGAGAAGCUAAAAAGAAUUGCUGUGCCCUGGAUGUGCUGCUGCCUGUCAUGGCUCUUUGGAGUCAAAAAGAUUGCAGUGCUGCACUUGGAUUCUGGAACUGCCAAAAUGAGGUUUGUGAGCCUACAGCAAUGAACAAGGAACAGUUUACUGGGGAAAAAAAAAAAAGAUAGAAGAAAUGAAUGACCAGCAAACAAAAUUACUGAAAUUAUUGUCUAAGUUGACUCUUACAAUAGGGCAUGAGAAAGAUGUUAAAGUUAGGACCUAUUUUCACUGUACAACUCAAUAAAAACUACUGAAUGGAAGGAGGAAACCAAAUACAACAUUAUUUAAGACUGUUGUGCUUUUUUUCCCUUCUAUUCAACUACUUUAAAUACAAUAUUUCAUUUCUUUUCAUCAUAUUCAUUCUUACAUUCUGAAUCACUCCCAUAGAAGAUGCAAGCAGUCAACUUAGUAUAUUCCAAGGUUAAUCUGUUCAUCCAGAAAAAUUUACAGCAAUUGUGCAGUACAGGUGGAUUUUUUAUAUAAUCAGUGUAUGUACGUACGCAUAAAGGAAGAUAUUUGUUGUUAGUAAUUAUUUUGAUAAUUCAGACCCAUUGCUCCUAUUGGUUAAAUUCCUUAUUUUUGUGCUUCUUCUAAAUGAAAAGUUACUGUAAACAUUUCUUAUCAAGUAACAUACGCACAAGACAAGACACUAUUCCUAUUUUCUCUUUUUUUUUUUUGGAAAGAACUUCUGUUCAAAUUACAGAAGGAGUGUGGGAGCUGACUUCUUUACUGUGAUGGCCUAUUAUUGGUUCAUAAAAAGGCUAUUAAAUAGUCAGUGAAAGAACUUACUCUGAGCUGUGCAAUAUGGUUAAAUUACAUAUGAAAUUAUGAAAAAAGCAAGUCAAAUCAGGAAGAUUAAAUACACUUGAAGGCAACAUAGAAGUAUUAUAUCUGCCAUUUCACAGAAAUUGUUGUGGAAAUGGUGCAUGAAGCUAGAACGAACUUUGCUAACAAGGAUUCUUUGUACUCAUUGCUGUAAAUAUGUACAUUAAAAUGAUGAAAACUUAAAAGGACACUGAUGGUAUCUUUCAUACUUUUAAAAUUUUCACUCUUAGGAGAUUUAAUAGAAUUAUGUUACUUGAAUUAAUUUUUGCUACAGAUUGGCUUUGUAACAGAUUUAUUGGUUUUGUCUGCUGACUUCAAUAGAUGAGAAGUGAUUGUUAAGGAAAAAUAAAGGUCAUACUCUGCUUCUGUC